AGACAAGAACUUUGUAAAGAAAUAGUAAUGAAAUUAUUAGGCCUACCAUCUGAUAUACAUAGACCAUAUUUCUUAAAAACGUAUGAUCAUCCAUUAGGACUUGAACUUGAUAUAUAUUAUCCACAAUAUGGUUUUGCUAUCGAAGUUCAAGGUAUACAACAUGAAUGUUUUCAUGCUUUCUUUCAUAAAAACCAAAAUAAUUUUGAAAACAAUUUGCACAAGAUUAACUAA